AUGGUCGCCAGAUUCCGCCGCUCCAUCUCCCUCCCCGGACGGAACCCAAAGUCCGACGGCGGCGGAAGAGUGUGCCCGCUUCAGCCGGCGAAGCCACCUCCCGCGAGGUCCACCAGUCUCCCCAGCCACGCCGAACAGCCGGCAGUCGCACAGGUCGAGGAGGAGCUCCGCGCCGCUGGUGUCUGGCAUUCCUCCGGCGCAGAGCCCCUCCCCUCCUCCUGGCUCUGCUCCGGUCUCCUUCGCCUCGAGCUCCUCCUCCUCGCCCUCGACGAGGUCCUCCAGCUGCCGCAGACGCAGGAGGCCCUCCGCCGCAGCCGCUGCGGCCCCUCUGCCGUCGCCGAGAAGCUGCUCAGCGAUCUGCUCCUAUUCGCCGACGUCCACGGGUCCUUCCGCAUGGUCAUCGUCUCUCUGCAGGAGCUGCAGGCGGCGGCGCAGGCCGCCGUCCGGCGGAGGGAUGGCGAAAGGCUCGCCUCCCUCGGGAGGUCCCUCAGGAAGGCCGAGAAGGAGCUCACCGCGAUGGCGCCGGUGGCCCUCGGGAAGGGGGAGCAGGAGCCCCACUCCUCGACUCCCGACGGGGAGCUGGCGGCGAUUCUGAAGGAGGUGAGCGCCGCGACGGCGGCGGUGUCGGCGGCCGUCUUCCGGGGGACGGCGGCGGCGGUCUCGCUGGCGGCGGCGGUCUCGCUGGCGGCGGCAGUGGUGGGCUCCAAGUCGUCUUCCUGGGCUGCUCUGAGGAGAAGGGUGCCGCCAAUGUCGUCUUACUCGAAGAAUAGCGUCGCCGCAGAGGAGGAGACGGCGGGGAAGAGGUCAACGGCGGCCAUGGCGGCGCUGGCGGAGCUGGGAGAAUGCUUGUCGGCGCUGGAGAUCCCCAGCGAGAGGACCUUCAGGAGACUGAUCAACGCCAGGGUCUCCGUCCUCAACAUCUUGACCCCCUGA